AUGCUGCCGAGCCGCAGUACCGCCGAGUCGCCCGAGCCGCCAGAGCCGCCGAGUCGCCGAGCUGCAUUUCCUGCCGAGCCGCCAAGUCCCCGAGCCGCCCGAGCCGCCCUGUCCGAUGACCUGCAGCUUUUCCUACAAUGCGAUAGGGCAGACGGUCUCUCCCUCUUUGACCUCACUUCUGGUGCGUCUCCUGCCCCUGCUGCUGAUGCUGACGCCAUUGUUCGCUCACAGUGGGCCACACGCGAUGCUGCUGCACGUCUUGCUGUGCGUCACCACCUGCCUACCUCUGAGCGUGCGCACUUUAGCCAGUACAAGAGUGCUCAGACCUUGUACGGCGCUGUAGUUGCACGCUACUCCUCCCCUGCCACUGCUGCACUGAGCCGCCUCAUACUACCGUACCUCUUCCCUGACCUUGCUGCCUUUCCCACAGUCACUGACCUCAUUACGCACCUCCGCACUAGUGACACUCGCUACCGCGCUGCACUUCCUGCUGGGUUCUGCGCCAAGAACCCCCCCCCCAUGUACUUCACCCUCUACUAUAUAGUCACCCGGCUCCCUGACUCUCUCCGCGUAGUCAGGGACCACUUCCUCUCACUUUGCCCCACCACUCUCACCGUUGACCUCCUCGAGAAGGCCCUCCUAGCGGCAGAGAAGAGCAUAGUCACUGUAGGAGCCUCUCGUGGUGGCCCUCGCACCCUCGUCUUUGAGGGGUGUUCUCCCUCCCCCCUUUUGUCCUCUGUUGCCUCUGCUGCUGCGGCCGACCUCGUUGGUUUCGAGUCGGUCGGCGCUGCGUCUGCCCCGAGCGGGAGACACCGCACAGGCAAGGGCAAGGGGGGCAAGGGCGCUGGAGGGGCUGGCGGGGGUGGCGGAGGUGGCGGUGGCGGCAGUGGAGGGAGUGGGGGUGGUGGUGGGAAUGGUGGCGGGGGUGGAGGUGCCAGUGGCGGCAGUGGAGGCGGAGGUGGAGGCGGCGGUGGCGGUGGGGGCGGAGGUGGCGGAGGUGGCGGCGGAGGAGGAGGCGGCGGCGGAGGAGGCGGAGCUGGUCGGGGUGCAGCAGUGGCAGGGGACGAGUAG